CUCUGCGCUGAAAAGGUAGUAUUGUUGUACUGGUGGACGGUGUAGGGUGGUUGGUUGAUAUACAGCUGCAAACUAUAACACGAAACUUUAUUUUCUGCCAGUUUUGAUAAAAACUUCACAUAUUCGAAGUGUCGCGACGACACAAACCUUAAGACAACCCGACUGAAGGAAAGCUUGGCUCCACCAGGAUACCAUAUGUCUGAGCCGAAUUCAUAGUUGGGUUCCAUUCAUCACCGCAGCCAAGGCCUGCUUUUCGGAGGUGAUUUGGUAUCAAAUUCCACUGCUCGCGAUGAAAAGAUAAUAAAUCAAUAAGCAUGCCACGUAAUGUUCCCGACAGUGGGAUACUGUGAUUUGACGUGAACGCAAUUGCUGGAUAAGAAUUUUGAGUUCGAAGGGAAUCACAGCUUUAGGGCACCAUCGCCAGGAACAAGCUCCUCGACGGGCGUAGGGAUUUUAAGUCAGAAAAAUCACUGCAAGCUGCAGGAUCAUAUUCCAACAUCACGGUAAAGGCCAAACCCCGUAAAUCGUAGAACAGUCGAGAAGAUGCCACUCCCAUAUCACCUGGUAUCCCUGCUGCUGGGAAUCGUCCUGCUCAUCCAAUCAUUUACGAACGCCGUUCAACACAAUGUAAUCUACGCUAUCAACGCGGGGGGCGAAGCACACGUUGACUCCAACGGAAUCAAAUACGCUCGAGAUCCUCUGAUGGGAAAGACUGGAACGGAAUCGGACUACGGAAAGCAGUUGCUCAUGAUCAAUCGCGUCAAGCCAAACGAUGAGUUACUAUAUCAAACCGAGAGGUACCAUCACGAUUCGUUCGGGUAUGAGUUACCAAUUGCCGGAGAUGGGGAGUAUGUGUUGAUACUGAAGUUCUGUGAAGUGUACUUCAACGCACCCAAUAUGAAGGUGUUCGACGUGCUACUCAACAGUCGACACAUGGUCAUCACAGAUUUGGACAUAUUCUCGCUGGUUGGAAAGGGAACGGCCCACGAUGAGUAUGUGUAUUUCACUGUUUCUCGUGGUCGGUUAUACUUCAAAGAAGAAGACUCCGAAAUCCGGGGAGGAAAAGUGAAAUUGGAGUUCCUCAAAGGCUACAAGGACAACCCGAAGAUCAACGCCAUCGUCCUGAUCAAGGGUUACGACGAGGCAACGUUGCCUCGUUUGGCUUCGUUGGUUAGUGAGCAACAAGCCUCACAAGAGCUCCAUGCAGAUACGAUCCUGAACGAAGCAACCACCACAGGGGAUGGGGAUGUGCAAACAGAAGCUAAGGCCAAACAGCGGAAGACCAGCGGACCGAAACAACCCAAUCCUUACUCACUUGACGAAUCGUCCAUGAUGUUGCCGGUGUUUAUAGCAAUUGGCGCUUUUAUUCCAUUGCUGUUCUGUUUAUGUCGACUGUGAUUUUGUUGCAAGCAAGCUCAUCUUGGUUUUAUAAGUAGACGUUCAGGUAUUCGGGGUUGUCGAAUACUAGAACUGGUAGGUUUGUUGAAAUAUUUUUAAUUAGCAAGCACAGAGGUUUUAAAAUUCAGAACAUAAUGAGUGCUGACUCAGCUGUAUUAGCUCAACAAGGAAAAGUAAGGACAGUGUGCUAACGUACAAUAUUACUGACUAAGAAUGUUUUGAAUGUCUUUUCGAGGCUUGAAAAUUAUUCAGGAAACAUAUUCAAACUCACGAAAUGACACCGAACUAUGUGUUUGUUCUAACUAUAGAUAUAUUGAAUUGUACAUAGCUCAGAGCGGAAAAGCGAUUACCUAUAAGUAACAACUAUACAAUUGUUUCGAAAUUGUGUUCUGAACACAAUUCAAACCCGUUUUGAAUAAAGCCAAGCGCGGCUAUUAUUUUUCCGUUAGCUCAAAACCACUAGAGAUUAUAAUAAAAUCGUUUAUGUAAUCCGAGAGCUCAAAGUUGAGUAUAGAUGCUUGGCGAAACAAGCGCAAAUAAAUCCGGUACUCAUGGUGCAGCUCCGUAUCGUACUUAUUUAAUUUUAACCUUCUAGGGAUUGAAGUUAUCACGGGCAUUGAUACUACAUGCAAUGAAAAGACUUACAAUAAAUAGCACAUGCACUUUACCAACCAUAAGGGAUAUUAGUUUAGUUUCAGUCAUUUGUUUGCGUUAAAUGCAGGUUCCAUUUUGUGUUAAACUCGAAAUGGGUUUGUCAACGUACAGAAGCGAUGUAUCGAUAAAUGGAUAAGAAUAAUAAAGUUUUGACGGUUGAAAAUGUGAAAAGAUGUCAACGUGGAUACAGACGUGCUCAAAAA